AAAUCCUUGACAGACUUUGCGGAAUUUCAGUAUGCAGCACGCGCCAGCAAAUGGCGUGAGGUGGAGGCCAUCCGGAACUACAUGAUCAAAGCCUCACUGAAUAUACUGCAAAAUGUGCAGAUGCGUGCGCUGCUCCAAUCGAAUGCCACCUUCGAUUUGGUCGUUGUGGAGCCUUCGCUAACGGAUGUCAUCUAUGGGGUGGCCGCACAUUUCAAUGCCUCGUUGGUGGGUCUGGCCACAUGCGGCGCCGAUUGGAAUUUGAGUGAUCUGAUGGGACAUGCCUCGUCGCCGCUGCUGGAGCCACUGCUGCCCUUGGGACUGCGGCCAGUGGACAGCCUUUGGAGUCGCAUCUACAGCUGGUAUUACAUCACCGAGGAGUGGCUGCUCAUGCAGCUGGUCUUUCUGCCCCAGCAGCGCCAGCUACACGAUCAUUUCUUUGGCCAUCUCGAGCAGAGCUUCAGCAGGACGCGUCACAAUUUUGCCUUGAUAUUGCUGAACCAGCAUUUCAGUGUGUUUGCGGCCAGGCCGAGUGUGCCGGGCAUGAUCGAGGUGGCGGGCAUGCAUAUACCCGUCGUGGCUCCCACGCUGCCCGACGACCUGCAGCUGUUCAUCGAUGAGGCGCCGCACGGUGUGAUUUAUUUUGCACUCGGAUUUGACAUGAGCAGCAAGGAUUUGCCACUUGAGACACUGAAAGUGCUGCUGGACAUCUUUGAGGCGCUGCCACAGCGCGUGAUAUGGAAAUUCGAGUGCCAGUCGCCGGCCAAUGUCAGCGAUAAUAUCUACAUGGGUGCAUUGCUGCCCCAGCAGGCGAUACUCGCACAUCCGAGUGUCCGGUUGUACAUCUGUCACGGUGGCAUGCUGAGCAUCAUUGAGGCUGCGUACUAUGCCAAGCCCGUGCUGGGCUUUCCACUGUUUUUCGAUCAGUUCCGGAACGUGGAUCGGCUAGUCGAAUAGGGUGCCGCCCAUAGUCUAAACAUCAAUGCAUUGGACAGGGCAGAGCUACGGCAGACCAUUGAGCGGAUGUUCGAACAGCCAGAAUAUCAGCAAAAUGCUGCGGCUAUAUCGAAGAGGUUUCGUGAUCAGCCAAUGCCGCCACUGGACACGGCCGUCUACUGGACGGAGUAUGUGCUGCGCUACAAGGGCGCCCGUCACAUGCGCAUCUCCUCCACCCACAUAAAGCUCAUCGAUUACUAUUGUCUGGACAAGCUGCUGAUGAUCUUUCUGCGUCUCGCAUUUGUGGUGUUCGUUGUCCUUGUGACUCUAUCCAAGUGGACAUACGGCCUCGAUGGGUUGACCCAACUGGCACUGCGUAUCCGAGCGGCGUAGUUUUAGCUUGUAAUUAUUUUAUUGUACCUUUUGGCUAGAUUGCCGCAGCCGGGGCAAUGGAAUGAUAAGUGAGGCCCAGGCCCUAUCUAAUCUCAAUUACCAUUUUAUUUAUGAGCAUUUAAAAGUGUUUCCAUGUGUUAUUCUGCUAUUGGGUAUGAGGUAUGCGGUACGAGGAAGAGUAUUAGUAGUCAGUCAGUCGAAUCUGCGUUGGGUAGUAUGUGUAUUUUAAUCUACGUUUAAUCAGUGGGAAAUGUUUCUUGCAAUUGAUUUGUUUAAAACAAAAACUUGGCUAUAAG